CGAUAUUACAUUUACGAACGCCAAGAGUUGCCUGGACCAACUAGAACCCAACAUGUCGACCACGCGCUUGACGCUAUUUAAAUUGGCUGUUAGUUUAACUAUACAAAGUCUCCAGUUACCCACCAGUCUCCAAUUUUAAGCAUAUCAAGCUCUAAAUCCAAGGCAUAGAAAAUGUCUUAAUAGUCGCGGUUGCAGAUCAGCCAUCGGAAUAUCUGCCUUAAACGUUUCCACGAAGAAUCACCUUGAGAUGGUGCGUUCCAGAUUCCCAAAGCCAUGGGGCAUCACCCAGCUCGUUUUACGAUCCAUAUCCGCCGGGCUUUCCUUCGCGACGCUUAUUGUCGCCAUCUACGCAUCCGCGCGGGGACAUGGCCGUGCUGUGGUAGGCUCAUACAUUGCGUCCAUCUGGGCUAUGACGGUGGACGUGCCAGAAAUUGCGGGGUUGGCUGAUUCCUCAAGGCGCACACCGCGCUGUACAGAAGGGAUGACAGCGUUUCUUUCGUUCAUCACUAUGCUGAUAUGUGGUAUUGUGCCAGUGGCGGUUCAAAUAUCGGUUAGUGGGUGGAGUCAUGAGUGUGGAAGUAAGCCGGUGGAAGUCUGCAGGGAGGAGGAAAGGCUGCGCAAUGAGGCUGAUCAUGAUACGCUUCUUGGUUGGGUGCUGCCUUGUGUUGUGGCGGGGAUGCAUAUUUUCUUUAUGAUAUUCGGAUGUGUUGGUCUUUGCACCAGAAAAAGAAAUGACUAAAUAUGUCGUAUGUGGUGGUUACUAAUGUAGUAUAAAUGUCGUUAUCUGGAAAUAACAUCACUACAUAUCACAAUUUAUAUAGG